UUGCUAGCAGAAAUGGAAGGCAGUGGGGGUUCAUUCGAUCCCCUACAAUUUCUCAGAAGGCAGCCUGCCCCUUUUUCUCCACCUUCUCUUCACGCAAAUGACAGGGAUUUGGGCCUGUUCCUGGGAAAUAUGUCAUUCAUGUCGGACUCGUUAAAGGAGGGGAAAACGAUUCUGCCAGUUCGUGGUGAGUAAUCACAAUUCUGAUGUCCAGAAGUUAUUUUCGGUCAUAAGACAGUAGCAGCAACAUUAUGUACAAAAAUAAGUUACAAACAACGCAAAGAAAAAAGAAGAAAAAAAACACAAUUGCAUAGGAACAUGUCAAAUGUCAGCCUUCUUCUCCGGCGCCAUCUUAUUGAGAAUGAAACGAACGAACAACGAAACAGCACAGUAAGUAGUGAGAUCGUGACUACAACUAAGUCUUUGAAAGACACUGUUACUUUGGUGGGCAUCAGAGGCAAAGACAUUGUUGUCCUUGGAGUUGAGAAGAAGUCAGUGGCCAAGCUGCAGGAGGAAAGAACAGUCCGCAAAAUAUGCACCCUAGACGACCAUGUCUGCAUGGCAUUUGCAGGCCUGACAGCAGAUGCCCGCAUCGUGGUCAACAGAGCUCGUGUGGAGUGCCAGAGUCACCGGCUCACUGUGGAGGACCCAGUGACCGUAGAGUACAUCACACGACACAUCGCCACCCUGAAACAGCGCUACACUCAGAGCAAUGGACGCAGACCGUUUGGCAUCUCUGCCUUGAUCGUGGGUUUUGACUGUGAUGGGACCCCCAGGCUCUAUCAGACUGACCCCUCUGGAACUUACCACGCAUGGAAGGCAAAUGCGAUUGGCCGUAGUGCUAAGACGGUGAGGGAGUUCCUGGAGAAGAACUACACAGACGAAGCCAUCGCCACUAACAAUGAGUCGAUAAAGCUGGCCAUCAAAGCCUUGCUUGAGGUGGUUCAGUCUGGUGGGAAGAACAUUGAACUUGCUGUAAUUAGAAGAAACGAGCCACUGAAGUUAUUGGAGUCCAAAGAAAUUGAGACCCUGGUGACUGAGAUAGAGAAAGAGAAGGAAGAUGAGGCAGAGAAGAAAAAACAGAAGAAGUCUACUUGAAGUCAUAAUGAAACUGGCUUUCAUUUAGCACUUGCUUAAAGGCAGCAUAUUUGGUCUGCAAACAUCAAAACGUGUUUACAAGCCCAAAAACAUCUUUCAUGUCACACGCUAAGGGCUGAAUCUUAACUUGAUGUAGGUUGGUAUGUUGAAUUAGUCACACAUCUCACAUUGCCAUCGAUGCAUUGUUUAUGUGGAAAUCUAAGUCAAAUGUAUGGAUCUCAAGUUAGGAUUCAGACCUACAAUGAGGUCUCCCCUCUGCCCACGUAUGUUGUUGAACUUCUUUAGAGUGAAUGUUAUUGGAUCAAAAUGCUUAAUAAAGUCAACUUGUUUAUGUA